CGGCGGCGUCGGUGGUGUAAACAGAGACCUUGGAGGACAAGGGAGGUUCCUCCCGCAGGUGUGAGAGAGAGACACUCGUCCCGCAGCCCAGCAAGCUCUUUGUGUGGAGCAGUGAGCUGUGUGUGGUUCCUGUUACUUGAGGAUCAUGCAGAGAGCUUCGCGUCUGAAGAGAGAGCUGAACCUGUUAGCCACAGAGCCGCCCCCAGGCAUCACAUGCUGGCAAGAUAAGGACCAAAUGGAUGAUCUGCGAGCUCAAAUAGUAGGUGGGACCAACACACCUUAUGAAAAAGGUGUUUUCAAGCUGGAAGUUAUCGUUCCUGAGAGGUACCCAUUUGAACCUCCUCAGAUCCGAUUUCUGACUCCAAUCUAUCAUCCAAACAUUGAUUCCGCUGGAAGGAUAUGUCUCGAUGUUCUCAAACUGCCGCCCAAAGGAGCCUGGAGACCAUCCCUCAACAUUGCGACUGUGCUGACUUCCAUUCAGCUGCUCAUGUCAGAGCCCAACCCCGACGACCCGCUCAUGGCUGACAUAUCCUCAGAAUUUAAAUAUAACAAGCCAGUCUUCCUCAAGAAUGCCAGGCAGUGGACGGAGAAGCAUGCAAGACAGAAGCCGAAGGCCGAUGAGGAGGAGACGCCUGAUGAUCCAGCAGAGGCCAGAGGCUCAGAAGUCCACAACACCGCACAGAAAAGGAAAGCCAGGCAGCUGGGCGGCACGGAGAAGAAAUUCUGUCCUGGUGUCUAGGGGCUCUGUCCGCUCCGUCUUCCUUAAUCCAUUCUUUGCCAAGAUGGCCUGAUUUGCCUACCUUGGUUGAAUGUUUUCUUUGUAUUUGAUGACAUUAUCAUUUUCAUAUCCUAUAAAACAGGUCUUGUGUAUUUAUGUAUUCUGCUCUACAUUGGUUCUCUGAGGGUAGUUUGUUUUAUUUAGCUUGUACAUACGUAUUUUGAAACCUUUUAAACCUGAAAAAUAAAUAAUAAUUUAAUGUUGA